AUGAGUAGUGACGAAAAUCAAAGUCCACUUGAAUCUUCACGCAAGCAUAGUGGUUCAGCCCUUCAUUCAGGCCCGCGUAAAAAGGCAACUUCAUCAAAUCCCCUUGUUCUUCAUGGCCGACAUUUUGGUCGUACUGUGUUCGCAAUGUGCAAUUAUCCUGCACUUCUGACUGCAGGCAUACUCCGACUUGAAGAACUACAAGACUGCCCAAUUGAAGAUUAUCCAGCAGAGGUAUUCGUGGAAUUGAUAGAUUCGUACCCUGGUCUUUUAGAUCGUCUCACGAAUGGCGAAGAAGAGGACAUAAUUCACGUAGGGGAACUAGUGGGUAAAGGGGUGUCUGGUGCGCGAGGCGAUGACACCAAGACUCUGAAAUCUGCCGUCCUCGAAUGGCUCAUUCCUAGAGGACAGGCACUUAUACCGCCCCUCUCCCACAAUAUCAAGUCCGACUGUGGCUUCAAUCAUGAAGUGACUGGCGCAUUGCUCUGCCCGGCAGGUCUUGACUGGUCGAAUGCAGAAACCAAGCAAAGCCUCAAGAGUGGUGAAAUUGCAGUGCGUGGCGACCAGUGGCCAAUGUUUCUAUAUGCUGGGUACGUCUAUAAUCCUGAAGACCCUUGGACUGGUUUACUCAGGAGCGAGAUACUCAUCUUUGGUUUCAAGCACGUCUUUACCUCUCCGAGCUCCGUGGAUAGGGAACCAAAAGCUACACGCUCCGGAAACGCAUAUCUCCACGGUAUGAAGUCCGUGACCAAAGGGUCCUUGGCUUAUAUUGCCACGCAGGUUCGGUUUUCAAUAAGCUCAUCGUCUAUAUUUUCGCGUACCGAUACAGUUACGGACUCAGAGAACUUUUAUCAUAGCAUCCUUGAUUUGUUAGAAGAUCCUGAUGAACAUCAGGAAGUAGUCGACCUAAUGACGUGGUGGACUCAUCGCAUCUUCCCUAAUUCUUCCUCCUCGCAGCGAUGUAUGAGUAAAAACAGCGCGCUAUCAAAAAUUCGGGAGAAACACGCUGUUCUUCGAGAACGAGCCACUAUGGGCACUAGUUAA